AUUUGUUGAAUAUGCGCGUAACAACUGAGUGUUGCGUUACAUUUUGUCGAUAUGGUUGGCUACUCACAGGUGUAAAAAUGGCCUAUAAAACGUUAGUUAGUUUACCGUAAACGAUGUUUUAGGUAACAUAAUAUGCAAAAGCAUGCGGGAGCAGAAUAUUACCAUGGAAUGAAUAAGUAUGAUCUGAGAUGCAGCUGUCAGCAUGUUUUCGUUAUUUCAUUGAUGUCCAGGUUUAUUGGCGCUGUGUAUGCAGUGAUUUGGAUUUGGACAUACUCCGCAGAGUGCCUCCGUGAUCAUAGGAAGUAUAAAUAUGCUUUAAAUGCAUUACUUUGUUGGCUCCUACCUCCACUGAGUGUUUACAACAGCAGCUGUGGAUUUAUGUAUUUCCUUGCCUCUGUACAGUGGAUAAAAUAUCGCCGCAUUCUUUUUGGAAAGGAGACCAGUUGGUGGAUUAUAAAUGAUGUCCAAGUAACACAUAUUUCCAUGUGGUAUUGCAGUAAGUUUCGGCCUUGUUUUCUCAUAUUUUAUUCGUAUGUUGGUUAUGGUUCUCCCUAUGUAUCAGGUAGACAGUUCGAUUGACUCUUAAUUGAAUGGGUGUUAUUGUCAUGACUGCUGCUUUUUGUCUGGAAUUAUAAAUAGGGGCAAAACAAACAACAGUUGUAGUCUGUAAGUUCAUACAUUAAAUGGGCCUAUGAUUUCUGAAACUCUUACAUACGAAUUAGCACUGGUGUCACUUGCAAACUCACUUAGCUUGUCAUUAAGUGCCUUUUCAAAGGAGGCCAAUGUGCUUGCUGGUCGCAUUUCCUCAGGUAGUUUGUUCCAUAUUUGGGCAUACCUAGUCAAGAAAACCUUUUGCCUGGUGGCUGUUUUUACGUGGUUCUAUCGCCACUGUACCUUUAGUGUGUCUAAGGUUAUAUCCAGUGUCUUCUGAGAACUGAGUAUAAUUGGCAGGGGCAUACACCAUGUGGUUAAGAAUCUUAUAGAAGAAUACCACAUUUAGUCUCAGUCGGUUUAACCAUAAUGUUUCUAGUCCUAGGAUUUCACAUUUGGUAGAGUAGUUUGUGCCGUUAUCGGUUCCGAGUACCUCUGUACUCCUUCUACAUUCAGUCUGUCUUCUAUGAGUGUACUGCUAAAUAUGAAUGAGCAGUAAUCUAGGAGUAGGCGCACACAAACCUUGUACAGUAGUAUUCUCGAUUCGUUUCUGUAUAAGUUCCUGAGUAGGAAACCAAUAAGCCUGCGUGAUUUCGAUACUUGUUUCGAGAUAUGCUCUGAAAAUGAUAGAUUGUGUGAAUAUUUCAGUCGUAG